AUGGUUGGUCCCCCGCCCCUCGUAGGCAUCAAAGUCCUCGAAUUCGCUGGCCUCGCGCCGGGGCCCUUUGCCGGAAUGCUCCUCGCCGACGCUGGCGCCUCCGUCAUCCGCGUCGACCGCGCCCUUGAGGGCAGCCGCACCCCCUUGCCCACCGCCGACAUGCUGGUCCGCCGCAAGGCCUCCGUCACCGUGGACCUCAAGUCGCCCGGCGGCAUCGCUUUCGUGAAGCGGCUGGCCGCCGAGGCCGACGUGCUCAUCGACCCGUUCCGCCCGGGCGUGCUCGAGAAGCUGGGCCUGGGCCCGGAGGUCCUGAGGCGAGCGAACCGCGGCCUGGUGUACGGCCGCAUGACGGGGUUCCGGAGGGACGGGAGGUACAGAGACAUGGCGGGCCAUGACAUUAACUACCUGGCCGUCUCGGGGGUGCUCGGCCUGCUCGGCCGCGAGGGCGAGAAGCCGCACCCUCCGUGGAACAUCCUCGCGGACUUCGCAGGCGGCGGGGCCGUGCUGUUCCAGGGGAUCCUGAUGGCGCUGCUGGCGAGGGCGGGGAACGGCGGGACGGGGCAGGUGGUCGAGGCGAACAUGGUCGACGGGUCAUCGUACCUCGCGACGUUCCCGCGGUUCGCGCUCAAGAACACGUUGGGGGGCAACGGGAGGGGGAGGAACAUGCUGGACGGCGGGUGUCCCUACUACGACACGUACGAGACCAAGGACGGGAAGUACGUCGCGGUUGGAGCGUUGGAGCCGCAGUUCUUUCGGGCGUUGAUGAAGGGGCUGGGGCUGGCCGGUAAAGGUUGGGAAGAGAACAGGUUCGACCGGGAGAGAUGGGGUGAGCUGAGGGAGAUUUUCACAAACACCUUCAAAGGCCGGACGCGGAGCGAGUGGGAGGCGGUGUUCGACGGAACAGACGCGUGCUGUACACCCGUGUUGGAGUAUCACGAGCUCGAGACGGGGAAGGGGAGGGAGGGCGACCAGAGGCCGGCCGUCACGUUGGUCGAGACGCCGUGUCUGGCGGUGGACGAGGGCAUGGUGGGAGACGUGAGACGCGGCCAGGGGCCCGGCGUCGAAGGGGGAGGGUACGCGGGUGUUGCGCUUUCGCCGGGCGAGGGCGGAGAGGAGGCGCUCGAAGCGUGGCUCGGGUGGAAGAGGGGCAGAGAGUUUGAGGUCCGGGACGGGGCGUGGGUGCUCAACGACAAAGCAAAGUUGUGA